AUGGGCCAAUUCGAUGGUCGAGCGGUAAUCGUUACUGGGUCAUCCAAUGGAAUUGGUCGAGCAACUGCCGUAAUGUUUGCUAAGGAAGGAGCAAUGGUGACAAUUUGCGGACGAGAUGAGAAAACGCUGAACGAAACCAAGUCGAUGGUGCUGGCGGUGAACGGUGGCGAUGAGAAAAAAGUUUUCUCAGCCCUUGGAGACCUUUGUAAGGAAGAAGUAAUGAAGGCGAUCGUCGAUGGAACUGUUAACGCGUUUGGUCGAUUGGACGUGCUGGUAAACAACGCUGGCGGCACCAAUAGAUUGGAUUGGGAAAAGCCAGAAAUCGAAGGCGAUUUGAGCAACUUUGAGUACACCCUCAAUCUGAAUACGAAAAGCAUCCUACGUCUGUGUCAGCUUGCCUAUCCGCAUUUGAUCGAAAGUAAAGGAGAAAUUGUGAAUGUGAGCAGUAUCGCCGGUCAGCCAAACGGUUCUUCAUUGACAUCUCCAUACUACAGCAUUUCUAAAGCAGCACAGGAUCAUCUUACUCGGAAUCUUGCCAUUUGCUACAUCCAGAAAGGUGUUAGAGUGAAUGGUGUCAGGUAA